GCUUGUUAUAUAUACAAGACGCGUGCCCUGUGAUCCCCCUGAAGCCUCCAAUUAAUUUUAUCAGAGCCGAGCCGAUCUCUCCUUUCUGCCUUCCUCUCUUUCGUCAUGGGAACUCAAGCACCAAGCAACGAUGCUUAUGCUCGCUCUCACUCUGUUGAAGAACAAUUAGCCAAGCAGAAGGAAAUAGAUGAUUGGCUUCCAAUUACUUCUGCAAGGAAUGCGAAGUGGUACUACUCAGCUUUUCACAAUGUUACAGCCAUGGUUGGAGCUGGUGUGCUCAGUCUCCCUUAUGCCAUGUCCGAGCUAGGAUGGGGUCCUGGUGUGACUGUACUAGUCCUCUCAUGGAUCAUUACUCUUUAUACUCUUUGGCAAAUGGUUGAGAUGCACGAAAUGGUUCCGGGAAGGCGUUUUGACAGAUACCAUGAACUGGGUCAGUAUGCUUUCGGUGAAAAGCUGGGCCUAUACAUUGUGGUGCCUCAGCAGCUUGUGGUUGAAAUUGGGGUCAACAUUGUCUACAUGGUCACUGGAGGACAGUCAUUGCAGAAGUUCCAUGACACCGUCUGUUCCAACUGCCAUAAGAUCAAAUUGACCUACUUCAUCAUGAUCUUCGCUUCUGCUCACUUUGUGCUAUCCCAUCUCCCCAACUUCAACGCUAUUUCAGGUGUAUCUUUGGCAGCAGCGGUCAUGUCCUUGAGUUACUCCACAAUUGCCUGGGCAGCUUCUGUGAACAAGGGUGUUGUAGACAACGUAGAUUAUAGCUACAGAGGUCACAGCACUGCAGGAAAUGUGUUUAACUUCUUUAGUGCCCUUGGGGAUGUGGCUUUUGCCUAUGCCGGGCACAACGUGGUGCUGGAGAUCCAAGCAACAAUCCCAUCCACGCCAGAGAAGCCAUCCAAGGGUCCCAUGUGGAGAGGAGUAGUUGUUGCCUAUAUAGUCGUGGCUUUGUGCUACUUCCCAGUUGCUCUCAUUGGUUAUUGGAUGUUUGGAAACCAGGUUGAGGACAACAUUCUCAUCACGUUACAGAAACCAGCAUGGCUCAUUGCUAUGGCUAACAUGUUUGUCGUUAUCCAUGUCAUUGGAAGCUAUCAGAUUUAUGCAAUGCCAGUAUUUGACAUGAUUGAAACCGUGCUGGUGAAGAAACUGAAAUUCAGGCCUAGUAAAAUGCUUCGAUUUGUUGUGCGUAAUGUGUAUGUGGCAAUCACCAUGUUUAUUGCUAUCACCUUCCCAUUCUUCGGUGGUCUCCUAGGAUUUUUUGGAGGAUUUGCUUUUGCUCCAACAACAUACUUCCUUCCAUGCAUCAUGUGGCUUGCUAUCUACAAACCAAGGAGAUUUAGCUUGUCCUGGUGGACUAAUUGGAUCUGCAUUGUGCUUGGAUUGUGCUUAAUGAUUGUAUCACCCAUUGGAGGAUUAAGGACAAUCAUAAUUAAGGCCAAGACCUACAAAUUUUACUCUUAAACCUUCACUCACUGGAGAGUGAUGCUAAUGCGAGAAACGGAUGAAACAGAUGGUUGUGUAGUGAAGAGCCAGACUCGUAGGACGUACCUGCAAAUCUUCACAACUGAUUGAAAAAGGUUGGCUCAUGAUGUAUCUAUCAACCAGCUGGUGGAAAUUAAAGAAAACUACGGCCAGAGGGUCUUAUUAUA